AUGGCAGACCGCUCACUGGUCCAACAGACCAUUCUUGGUCAUGUCUCAAAGAUGAACGAUCCCGAUGCGGAUUUACGAUACAUGUCCCUCAAUGAUCUCCACACAGUCCUCACAAAUUCGAACUCCUCUUUCCUCUCCAGCGAUCAUCGCACCUCGGCCAAACUGGUCGAGGGUCUGAUGAAGGCUCUGGAUGACCAGCACGGUGAUGUUCAAAACCAGGCCUUGAAAUGGUACACAAUUGCUUCCCAUAUGGGUCCGUUGGCGGUUCGCAUCCCUUUCGAAGCACUGGUGUCCCUCCUGGAGCAACUGUGUGAGCUCACGAAUUCUCAAACCAUCGAUACGUCAGUUCCCCAUACCGCCAUUCGCGCGAUUGUGGCCACCCUUCCUCGCCCACAGGCUGGUCAGCCGCCUUCACAACCGGAGUCCAUUGCGUAUCAGGCCGUGUCCAAGGUGCUGAUCCCCAAGCUCAUUGGACCAUCAAAUCCAGUAUCCGGGAGACGGGCCUCUGUGGCACGCGGCAUGCUGGAGAAGGACCCCUCGAGAGGCUUCAGUAGCGAUGCGAUUGAUGUUCUGAUCAAGGUGGUCACUUGCUUUGGACCUCUGCUCUCGGAAUAUGAACUGGCUGCUCUACAGGAUCCUAUCAUGGUCAUCAUUCACAAUGAUACUGCGGGAACCGUGGUGACAAAACGUGCCCUGGCCGCCAUCUCGGCACUUGUCCUAUACUUCUCCGACGUCCAGCUCAACAACUACAUCAAGCGACUGACGGACACGUUAUCGUCCCCCAAUAUUUCAACCGUGCACCGCCGACACUUGAUUGCGGCAAUUGGUGUGAUUGCUCGCAAUGCCCCGGCCAAGAUUGGCCCUCACUUGGAUCAACUCGCUCCAUACGUUUUUGCGGCUUUGGGCGACGAUGGGCUGGUUCAAGGAAAAUGA